AUGGGGUACUGUGGCUGGUGCCCCUACCUGAACAAGUGGUUCACCUUUGUAGCCAGCAUCGGCGUCGCGUUAUGCUGUGGGCUGACAUACACGUUUGCCAUCUGGAGCGGGGCCAUCAAGAACAAGUAUGGGCUCGAUCAGGAGCGUUUGCAGUUCAUCGCGAGUGCAGCCAACGUGGGCGGCUACAGCUCCAUCUUCUCGGGCCUGAUGUAUGAUGCCCUUGAAAAGCACAAAAGAGUUGGCCCCCGCGUGGUUGUCAUGAUCGGCUGUGCUGCCAACGCCCUGGGCUAUAUCGGCCUCUGGGCCGCAGUCAAGGGGGUGUUCCAAGCCAAGUUCUGGCACCUCGUGUGUCUGGCGGCGCUUGCCGCUAACGGGGGAACAUGGGGCGACACUGCUGCACUGGUGACCAAUGUCCGCAAUUUCCCCAGCAGCCGCGGCUCUCUGUUUGCUGCUGUCUACUCGGGGCUGUACGCGCCAGACAAGGAGUCCUUCCUACUGUUCCUGGCGCUGGCUCCUGUGGGCAUGGGCCUGCUCGCCCUUCCCUUCAUCAACCAUUGCUCCUUUGUCCAGCAGUCGGAGCUGGAGGCCGGCCAGCAUGUGUUCACAUCAGAGGGCCGCUUCAUCUUCUCCUUGCAAGCUCUCGGCACCCUCGCGGUGUACCUGAUUGUCAGCGCCACGGUGGCCUCGCUGUACCCGCUGACGCGCGCCGUGCACCUCACCGUCAUGGCAGGCGCCUUUGUGCUGCUGCUGCCCCUGCUGCUCAUCCCGGUGGGCAGCGGCGGGAUACUGUCCAAGAAGGCGGAGGUUGACUACACUCACCUCAGCCACUAUCAGGACGAGGAGGAGGAGCAGGGAGAGGAGGAGGAGCAGGCGGUGGCCUCCGCACGAACAAACGACGAGAGCAGCGGCAGCGGCCCAGACAAGCUGGGCCUGACGCAGCCGCUGCUGGAGCCAGCCGUCAUGGGCAUGGAGCGCCAUGCGGCGGCAGCGUUGGGCAGCCACCAGGGGGGCACAGUGGAUGCCAUCAAUGGUCGUGCGGCAGGGCAGGUGGCGGCAGCCACGGACCCAGCCUCAUCCCGCCCAGUCCCAGAGAUGUCGCCUGGGGACUGCCUUCGGUCCAAGUCGUUCUGGCUGCUCUUCCUGAUCCUCGUGAUUGGGCUGGGCUCAGGAAGAAUGUCGUUUGGCUACGUCCCUGAGCGGCUGCUGCAUGGCAGCGGCACCCCCCGCCUACUCUUUCUGCCGAUUGUCUCUGGCCUGAUGGCUGCCACCUGCCUAGGGCUGGCGUUUGGAGGCAUAGGAAUGCUGUACCCACUGGCGGCGAUGGCUGGCUUUGCCUUUGGCGGGCACUGGUCACUGUUCCCAUCCCUAGUUAGUGAGCUGUUCGGGCUCACGCGGUUUGCAGGCAAGUGCUCUGCAAAGCACGCUGCCCUUGCCUGCUGCUGCCCAUGGUAUGCCACUUGCCAUCUGAUCAGCCUCAGCCCCGCCUGGCAUGCAGCAAACUACACCAUGAUGCAGCUGGCACCCGCCGUUGGAAGCUUUGGGCUGGCCAUGGGGCUCAGCGGCUAUCUGUAUGAGCGCGCGUUAGCCAGGCACGGCAUGGGCGAGAACACAUGCGUGGGGCAAGACUGCUUCCAGCUGACUUUCCUCAUCCUCUCAGGCCUGGGUGUUGUGGCCACGGGGUGCUCUGUGCUGCUGUACGAGCGCAAGAAGGGGAUCUAUGCAUGGCAUGCCCACGAACUGCACACAUAUGAUGAGGAGGUGCAGCGGGAGGAGGGGCCCACUCCAGUUCGCAGCGUGUCACUGUGA